GCAAUUAAACAAACGAACUAGAGCAAAAACAAGUUUUGUAUGAAAAAUUAAAAAUUUGCUGUUUCUUUUUAACUAUGGUAUCUCUAGCUACAUAAAGUAAUUACAGGCCUAGAUAUACCUUAUCCUAUUGUAAGUACAAAGUUUCAGAGCAAUCCAGCUAGUCGUUUUAAAAUUAGAGCGUAACUACGUUUGUAUGGAGAAUCGAGCUUGCUGCGGACUGAAAAAUAAUAAUUUCUUAUGGUUUUUUAUUGUUGUAUAUUCUUUGAGGUCCAAAAAUAUUUCAUCUCAAUAAACAUAGCUAGUGAAACUUCUUUACGCUGUCUUAGAGAACAUUAGUACAAAGUAUUGUAGUGCACACUUGCACAGUAUGUCGAUACACAAAUAACUUCAGUACUCGGAUUUUUUACGGCAAAAAUGGAUGAUUGACUAUUCUAGAACUUUUCCUGUUCUUAAAUUGUGAGUAGGUACGGACUCUCUGAGAGUAUUAAUUUAUGUAUAAAUAUGUUCAAACUAUUUUUUUACUGAUCUUUAGAGUUUUGUCUUUAGUUCUCUUUACUAACGAUAUUUAGUAUUUAGCUAGCAUACUUUUAAUUUUAGUAUAUCACGUUUUUGCUGUGAGAAAUCGGAGCUUAAGUUCUUACAUAAUUUUUCGAAUUAAUUUUAAGUUGACUACAAUUUAAUUCUAUGAUGUAUACAUUUUCAAUUAUUAAGUUACAAUAAUUAUUUUUUUAUUUAUGUUCCAAUCUUAACACUUUGUGUGUUGUAAUUUUUUCCUAUUUUUCCUGUAUUAAUAUUACUUUUAAAUCUUGAAAAUUGUUUUUGCGAUCUCCUUUGUGAUGUGAACAAAAUUGUAUAUGGUUGUAUAUUACUUCCAUUUUCAUGGUCACUUCAUUUUUAUAUUAUUUUUGUAUUGAUUCCUUUCUAUAAUACUUAGGGUCAGCCAUUGUAACUAUGAGACAUAUGCAACUAUUUAAAAAAUACAAGAAGUCUAGAGUUAGAGCCCAUUGUAUUCAUGGCACUCUUUCGCCAGUCAUAAAAGAGAGUUCACUCAUGGUAGUUCUAGACUAUACUCUGUAUCUUUAGGUAUUUAAAGAAAAGUAAAAAAAAUCGACCCUUAAAUAGCUCCUUAAGCCUUACCUUACCUUAAGAAAACAUGACAUAAUCAAAUAAUAUAGUUUGAAGUCAGGUCGUUCAGUGACAGAUCCAGGCGGUUUUGUAUUUGGUUGGUUAACCAAUAAAUGUUAUAACUACCUGAAAAUGUAAUUGUUUUUUUUACUUUUAUUUAAAUACCUAAAGAUACAUAGUAUAGACUAGACUCUUGACUCACUUCUUGUGUUUUUAGAGUAGUGGUAUUUGAGCUAUAGUUGCGAUUGCCCUACCUAGCCUUCAUUUAAAAAAUACUGAAUAACUAAACAACGCACAAAUAAAUUAAAAUAACUCAACGGUACAAACGAGGUAAUUUGGAGGGCAAACAAAGUUAGGCUAGUCGCGGGCGCUCCGCUUGCGGUCUAUACAACAUGGCGGCCCGAUGUACAACGAUGUGGUUUAUUUAUAUAUUAUUUUUUUACCUUUCCGGCAAACGAAGUUGGUAGGAUAUUUGAGUGGCAUAAAAACUCCGUUUUUAUAUCCUAGUGACAAAACAAGGUGGGCCACAAAAAACGUUGACAAGCUUCUUUCCAAGGUUUUUUUUUAUUUACACGUCUUUUACAAAAUGCCUUUUAAAAUUAAAACUACAAACGUUUAACUGAAACUAAACGUAUUAUCUUUAAAUUAUUUUCCUCUGGCUCUGAUACAUAAACAUAAUAUGUUAAAAUGAUUAACAAUAUGGACAUAAAAAAAUCUUUACAGUACAUAUGGUGGCUACUUUACCGCACUAGUGCGCAAAUUAGCAUAUUACGUUACUGUGUCAAACAUUUAAAGGGCCAUAUGUACUGUAAAACGUUGUACGAUACAUGUGCGAAUAGGUAAUUCGCAACUCGUGUCGAUUUAAAACACUCCCUUCGGUCGUGUUUUAAUUUAUCGCCACUCGUUUUGAAUUUCCUAUUUUUCGCACUUGUAAUGUACUAUUAUAACGUAUUUUGGGCCAUUUUGUACUCAACGAGGUUUGGUAAGAAUUUGUACUGAAAUGACGAAUCGGUCGGAAAAAUCGGGGCAAUUUAUUUAGUAUACGGGAUAUAAACACAUGGUUGAAGAUAUUUUGUUUUGUGUUAAUAUGUAAUAUAAUUUUGGUGGUGAAGUGAUCUUGUAUUCGAAGUUCAGUGAAUUGUAUUUAUUUGCAUUUACAUUUAAUUUUACUAUGUAAUAACUUAAGUAUUUAAUUUUAAUGAGUUACAAAACUGUUUUAUUUUGUAUAAUCUAGAUUUAAUUCGUUUUAUUAUUAAAAUGAUUUCCAUGCUCCAAAAUGUUUGUGUAGAAAUUGCGAUAUUCAUUGCCAUAAUUUGAUGUGAUAUUGAUAAUUUAAAUAAAAAAAAUCCUAUUAACAAAAAUUUGGGACCAAAGUAUAGAAAUACUAAAAGUUUAUAAAAUUGAUAAUAAAAACUAAUAAAACUACCAAAAAAUUAAUGUAGAAAGCUAAUUGUGAUAACUUUUUUGAUAAUUUACAUUGCUUAUUGUAAGUACAAUUAUUGACAAGUAUUUAAUUAUAUAUUAAAUCGAUUUCUAUUCAAUCAUUUUAUUAUUCAAAUUUACCCCUGCAUUUACUUAAAAAAGACUUAUUAUGUCCUUAAUCGCUUCGCGUUCGUCCUUUCGUGAUAAGACGAAGGGCAAAAGAAUUUACCAGAGAAAACCGAUAUUUACCUCGUCAAUGUCCGAGUUCAUAUUUCUUAAUGCGUCCUUUAUCACCAUGACUAAGUAAACAUCUCCAUAAAAACUACGCAUCACUAGUUAACAAUGGACGAUCACUAUACCAGCAAUAUCGUUAACAUCAAUACUGUUCCAUACAACGAUUGGCUUAAUAGUCUCAUAAUACCACCGCCGCACAAAAAGAGCGAUGUAUGCUAAACCUAAUAAAGUACCGCAAUAUUAGUUGUCCCACGUUGGGCGCCAAUGCCAACAUACAAACAAGCUUUCACAUGCCAAGGUCUUUAUAUCACUGUAAUAAGGUUUCAUUUCGCCUGAACUGUACGAAAUUGCUUUUCAUUUGAGCAGUUCGAUGCGGCGGGGGUGGGGGAUGUCGCUGAGUCUGCCCGAGCUAGUCAGUUGCGCCGCAGCCUCUGUCGAGAGCGUACGCGUUGGCGCGGGGACAUUACACAUGACAUAAGACGGAUUGUGAGUGUAGCGGUUACAUAAUUUGUUUUUGUAUCUUUUUAUCGGCGGUUUAUAAUAAGUUCAUUCAAGUUUCCAUUCGUUUUAUGCUAGGUUUGAUAAAAUGCGAUGUAUAUCACUAGGUAUUCUCAUAUGUACUACGUACUUAUCUAGUACGCAACGGAUUGAGUUUUUAGGUUAUACCUACCGACCGUUUAGAAACAAAUAGAAUGAAAAUGGGAAUAAAAUAAACACUGCACAAACUUUGAAAGACUCGUGUUUUUGUGUGUGUGUCCGUGCGAGUGAGACGGCGAGAUUCAAGACGGCGGCGUGGGAGUAAGAUGGGCGAUAAUGCUGAUGGGCAGUACAAGUACAGAACAACACUUCCUGUUGCCCAAUUCAGCCGUGGCGACUUCUCCCUGUGGUCAGUCCUGAAGAACUGCGUCGGGAAGGAGCUGUCUAAGAUCACCAUGCCGGUCGUGUUUAACGAACCGCUGUCGUUCCUGCAGCGCAUGCUGGAGUACUUGGAGUACGCACACUUGCUGCGCAUGGCGUCGGAGCAGACGGACCCGGUGGCGCGCAUGGAAUACAUCGCAGCAUUUGCAGUGAGCGCCCUAGCUUCCAACUGGGAGCGCCUGGGCAAGCCCUUCAACCCGCUCCUUGGAGAAACCUACGAACUCGAGCGCCCAGAAUUCAGGGCAGUUUGCGAGCAGGUGUCUCAUCACCCCCCAGUGUCUGCGUUCCACGCUGACAGCCCCCACUUCGUGUUCCACGGCUCCGUACACCCCAAGCUCAAGUUCUGUGGCAAGAGCGUUGAAAUUCAACCCAAGGGUCAUGUCACAGUUGAGCUUCCCAGAUGGGGCGAGGCCUACACUUGGACUAACGUAAACUGUUGCGUUCACAACGUGAUUGUGGGAAAAUUGUGGAUCGAGCAGUAUGGUGCCAUGGAAGUCACUUGCCAUGGUGGUGCAGGGCUAAAGGCGAAUUUGGCGUUCAAACCUGCUGGUUUUAACAACAGGGAUCUGCACCGUGUUGAUGGCUUCAUUACUGACCAGAACAAAAAGAAAAUCCGCUUCCUCUACGGCAAGUGGACGGAGUUCAUCAAAGUCUGCAGCGCGGCCGCGCACGAUCAGUGGGCGCGGGAGCAGGAGGCCAGUGCCACACCGGCGCAUACGCCUAAGAAAGUGCUGGCUAAGCUCAAUAGCUUCAAAGUGGGCGCGCUGCGGUCUAUGUCUAUUCAAGACCCGGAAGAACCAGACAAUGAUGAGGUACCGAAGUCAGAUGACACAUAUAACAUCGACAUUCCUGGCUCAACCACCCUCUGGGAAGCGAGGAGCCGACCCACCAACAGUGCACAGUAUUACCAAUUCACUGAAUUCGCCAUGUCGCUAAACGAGGUGGAGCGAGACAUGAAAGGGCAGCUGUGCCCGACGGAUAGUCGGCUACGUCCAGAUGUCAGGCUUUUGGAGCAGGGCGACAUUGAUGCUGCAGCUGCCGAGAAGACCCGGCUUGAGGAGAAGCAGAGGACAGCCAGAAAAGCGCUAAAGAAGUCACCUGAUGGCUGGCAACCUAGGUGGUUCAGUCAAGGUACGAACCCCUACACGAAACAGGAGGACUGGCUUUACAACGGCGGUUACUGGGACCGCAACUACCAACAUCUAAAGGACAUCGACAUAUUCUAAGAUCUCUUAAUAUCAGAUCUACUGUGUAUCAUUUGGUGUAUCACCGAUGUGUAGCCAUAGUUUUCUUAUGCGCUAAAAGUGCAGUACUCAGUGAUGCUUAAUCUAUAUUGAUGUGUUUAUAUCAGCUAAUUCUUAUAUAUGUUCAGAUUUAAAGAUAUAUGAAACUAAUUGUUGGUCGUAUCACUUGUACAGUGUCCAGCGGCAGAUUUCUGAAUUUAAAUUAAAAUAUAUUUCGAUCUAGAUAGGCGGAGCGGUUGGUUUAGUUCCGUGGGUGUUGCGUGUUGAUUGGAAACUGGAACUCUGACCAGCAGAGCAUCGUCCAUAUGAUAUUCACGCGUAUCGUAUAUCGUAUUAAGUGAAUUUCACUUAGUAGCGCAAGGCGUAAGUUUUUUUAUGAAUUUCGGAAGACAUUUUAGAAAAUGCUAAAUCCGCAUUCAUCUUCUUUUAACAAAAAUAAAUCGCUUUGGCUUAUCUGUUUAAAUUAAAUCGGACAUCUGCCACUGGACUCUCUAUAUUUAUUGAUCUCACUUGGUAUUCAGAGUGCAAUGAAAUUUGCCCUUAUAAUAUAUUUAAAAUCUUAAUACGCUACCCAAAGACAGUAAAAUGAAUUAUAUCAAUUUACAAAAUAAUAAGCAAUCUUGUCACCCUAAUUAUCAAAUGACAAUUUUAUUGAGCUCCAUUUUAAUGCUUUCCAUGAAUACGUUAUGAAACUAUGUGAGUGAUAAUAUUUUUUAAGUAGGUAUUUAACUAUACUUUUAAAAAUACUGCCAUUAUUUAUUGAUUUAUUUCUUCUUAACUGAAUUGAAAGCAAGUUUCUAAAUAAAAUAUACCUAUAUACCUAUUUUAAAUAUGAUCCUUCCUCCAUAUCUGAUAUUUGUUUAAACAACUGAGCAAAAUAAUUUAGCAAAUUUUAAUAAAAACUAUUUUUUUGCAUUUAGUGAUUAUAAAUUAAAAUUUGAUGUAGAAAUAAUAGCUUAAUUAUAUAAUACGAUUGCGAAUCAUUAGAAAAUAAAAAUAACAUUAUAUUGAAUAAGUAUAUAAACAUUACUUAGUCUAAACAGGCGUGUAUAUUUGAUUCGUAAACGCAAGAAUUUCUUACUGUCUGUCUAAAAUAAUAUAAAGUCAAUCGGGACACGGGGCAGGUAUCUCGUUUGACUUUAUGUGUUUACCCGGGGUAACUGCGCCUAUUUCACAAAUACAAGUAUGGCGUAAAAUCACAGAAUAAGUACCGUACAGAAAAGAAACUUCCUACAAAACCGAAGUUUGACAGCCAUUCAGGAAUAAAUCAUGUUGUCCCUUUCUAAUGCAUGGCAUUAUCCCUUUCGGCUAUUUAGCAUUGUCAAAAUUUAAGUCUAUAUCUUAUAUGUGGUUGUGCACGCAGGGGUACGUCAAGCUGCGCCAACCCUAAUAAUUGCUCAUAGCAAUGCUAAGCCGAACGGAGCUGAGACUGCCCGAAAGAAUCAGUUUCGCUCCACUGGUAAAGUUUAGACUUUACAUUACUUUACGAGAUAAAACGGUCGCGAUGGAGGAACCUACGCCAAGUAUUAAUGGAAUAGACGCAUUUGCCCCAAUUCAUAGAGAAAUAAGAAGUAAUAGAGUGCUCACUCCAUACAUCAGUUUUAGUACCAAUAUGCUUAUUAUUUUCGACUGCGAAAAUAAUAAGCAUUUUGGUACCAAAACUGAUAUAUGAAGUGAGCACUCUAUUACUUCUUAUUUCUCUAUGCCCAAGUGUAGAUAGUUUCGUUGAUUUUUCACUCUGUUUCUGUUUUAAAGUAAUGCAAACAUAAAACAAAUUGGAGUCAAUUAUUAAAUAUUUGUUAGAUAAACUGUGGGGUUUAAGGGCAUUGCUAUGCGUAGUUGGAUGUCUAUUUAAAACUAUUAUACUAUCUCUAGCAUUCUAAAGUUGUUCUUACAAAUGUAAUAAUGCGUAGAGUUAGACCAAGCUAAGUUGGCAGCGAUUCUGAUACCACAGACUACGCAAGUGUUAUUUAAACGUAAUAAUUUCAUGGAAGUUUGACUUUUAAAGUAACACUCGCACAGCCUGGUCUAUCAAAAUCGCUGCCAAUCUAACUCUUGUACCUAUAUUUGAUAUUUUGUUAAAUGUAUAUAUAAAAUAAAACAAAAUGGGGGCGAGAUGAUCUCAAAUAUGUAGUGUUAUAUAACAAGCAUUUGAUGCUACCAGUAAUAUUCAAGUUUGUAUAGCUUUAAGACGUAUUUAAUAAACGUGUUUUAAGCUACCUUUACACUGAAGCGGACAUAAGGGCCAAUUAUCGUACAUCCACACUUCCCGAUAUCGGGCCCGAAGUCAAUCCCAAUGUCCGGCCUGAUAACCGUUUUCCGUUUCACGGAAUAUCAGCACAUUGUUAACAAUAUUUGAAAUGUGAAAAUACUGUCUCUUAUCGC